CCCUGUGUGGUUUUGUGGCAUCAGUGAAGCUGUGACAUCUGUCCUCUUCUCACUUUUUCUGCUCACCCUAUGAAAGCAAGAGCUAAUGAAAUCUCUCCAUUCUUUUGUUUAAGCGUGCAGCUGUGGGGAUGCCUGUCACUGCCCCAAACUUGUUGGAAUAUUUCUUUCUUUUAAUAUUUAAUGUAGAGACUGUGCUCUCUGUCUGUGAUGUCAAAGUCCGUACAAUCAAUUUGGGAUGCCAUCUUGAGUGGGAUUGCCCUGAUGCCAACCCUAAGACCACUUACACUGUCCAGACCAAGAAACAUAGUACAUCAUGGGAAAAUGUUUCAGACUGCAUCAAGACUUCACGGCAAAGCUGUGAUCUGACACGUGUCUUUCCAAACAUAAACGAAUACAACUUGAUUAGACUGGGAUCAGAAGAGCUUCCUUGGCUGAAUAAAACUCUGAUCUGUGAACCUGUGAAUGACUGUCAGUAUUAAACCUCAAACCAUGUUCCAGAUGCUUGCUAAAUAAGGGCCAAAAAUGAGGAAUAUUGCGCAAAGCUUGAAAAUUUGUAUGUAACAAGCAUUGUUUACAAAAAAGAGCUUCAGGAAUGCAUUCACUAAUAAUUGAUAACAAUGUGUUGAAACGCUAAAAUAAUAAUAAUAAUAAUCGCACACUUUUUUCUGUAAUUAAUCGUGAUUCAAAACGUUGGAGUUUUUAAUAUUUUUAUAUUGUAAUAAUUUCACAGUUACUCUCCAAAUUAAUGUAGAAACAACUUAAAAAUAUUUUAAUUUAUUUUAAUAUUUUAAAUAUUUGUUUAAUGGCAACUUUUUAUGAAUGAAGGCCAGUAUCACUGGUACUAAUACUGGUACUGAUGUCUCUGAAAUUGAUUUUUUUGAUUUUUGAACUAAAACUAAUUAUAUACAUUCAACAUUACAGUAUAACUAGAAGCUAUCGAUUUCAACAAUUAUCAGUCUUUAAAAAAAGGUUAAACCAUUAUAAUAAAUGUCAUAUUUACCUUUGGCCAUCCUACAUGUCUAACAGGUAGAAAAUAUACAGAAAUUAAUUAAAGUUUUCAAACACUUUACAGUCUUCUCAAAAAUUUUUUGAUUAAUCCUUAUUAAAGCUACAAUUUUUUGUUUUUUGAUUAACAUUAAUGACAGACAUCACAGCAACUGGUUUAUUAGGCUGCUGUGACUUUUCUAUUGAAAAUAGAACAUAUAACAAAUAGUCUAGGUACAGCAGAGCAUAAAAUAGUGCAAUGUGUGACAGUAAUUGGUAACAGGGGAUCCGAAAAUAAUAUAAUAUUUUGUUGUUAAUUACUUUUUUUUUUUCAGAGAAGACAUAAAACAAUCAAAUUCCACUAAAAAUACCUUAAAUAUUGGGGAUGUAUUUAAGAAUUUUUGUUUUAGGCUGCUGUGACUUUAAGACCUGCCACUGCCGAACAUGACGCGGAUCUGACGCGCAUUAAAAUUAAUUUAAGACGGUAUGUAACUAAUUUAAGACUGCUCUUAUGAGGAUACUCGACAAAACGGGCAUUUUGGCAUAAUUCUGUGUGUUAUUGUUUGUUCAAGCGUGAAAGAGAACUCCAUCCUGGCCCGCGUCUUUCUGUGCACACGAGUCGUUCAGACGUGCACACUACAUUCACAGAGCGCGUUCUCGUUUGUCUUUUGGCGCUUGGAUGAUUUAAAAGCAUUUGCGUGAAUAAGAGCAUGAUCAUAUAAUGUAACACUAGCCAAAUUAAGACGGAAAAAAUGGAUGAUGCGUUAAUUGCAUUAAACAUUUUUAACGCGAUCAAACUGAAAAAAUCAAUCUCAUGCGUUAAUCGCAAUGCGCUAAUUUUGACAGCACUAGUUGAAACAUCUGUUGGUGUCUGUCUGUCCAUAAUUAAUUCACAUAAUUAGACAAUAAUUAUUUAUUAUGAUUAUUAUUCAUCACAUUAUAUUGCAAUUCCUCUAAAAGUGUUAAGAGGAAGACUGUACCUUUAAUACGUUCUCUCUUUCUUUCUUUUUUGCCAGCGGCUGCCACAUUCAGCCCCCCCAACAUAACCAUCUCCAUGGACCAUGGAAGUCUCUGGGUGACAGUAAAUUUUCCUUGUGCUCCAUCCCUUUACUGCGAUUAUGAGGAAGAGAAUGAGACGGCUUGCUUCUGCCCCAUUAGUGACUUUAAACUCCUCUUGGCCACAGUCACUCUAUACAAUAAACAGAACCUCUCAGAAAGACAGACAUGCAAUGCUACAGUGAUGGAGGGAAACCAACUCAAGGUGGAAUUUGGUUUUCUUAUACCAGGGCAAGUGUACUGUGCUGUGGCCAGCUUCACAGCUGAAGGUGUACUAAACUCUUCUCCCAUGAGCCUCCCACAGUGUGUACACAUACCAGCAAAGAUCGAAAUCCCCAUCAUCGUGAUUAUGUGUGCUGUUCUCAUUGCUCUUGGCCUAGUGAUAUUUCUGCUCUGGAGAAACUGUGCAACUUCUGAACGUCCCUUGCCCAGAUCUUUGGCUUUACUUCAAGAUCUGGAACUUCAGAAAGACACUUUCAUUGAGGCUGCACCACACAACGAGAGCUCUGAGGGUGACCAUGUUUCUGUUGUAUCCAUCUGUGACAUCACACUCACGGACAACCAGCAUUCUUACUACAACUCCCAAAUCAUGGGCAGUGGGUAUUACACAAGCCCCAUCCUGCAUGAUCCAGACUGCAUCGAGGAAUCUGUGGAGUCUGGAGAGUUGGACAUAGAUGGAACUCGUUGUUUUGGACUUCUGUUUCCAUCACAUACGGCUCUAGAAACAAAGGUGGGAUGUUAUCAGAAUCAGUGUGAGGAGAUUCUGAACAUUCCUCUGAGCUCUGUGCAAGUGAAAUGCACUCAACAGGACGAGAUGUCAACUGAAGACCCAGAGUGGUAUGGAGAUGUUGAAAUGUUUAAAACUGAAUAUGAGACCAAUGAAAACGGGCCCGAGCAAAUGCAAACUACUGAUGUUUCUUCCCAAAAGGUUGAAUACAUUUAGUUUGAAUACAGCUUUUUUAAGUCAGACUCUGAGCUAUGGAUUUGCUUUGUGUCUAAUUUUUAAUACCUGCUCUUUUAGUGCUAUUAGUCCAGAGAAGUGUCAUCUUGAGCUUCACUGUUGCCAUUAUUGUCAUAGUUGCGAUGAAACAGAAGUAGCAACAGAUAUUUUCUUCUGUAUUGUUUUCUACAUACAUCUGACUGUAAUGGAUUAUUGGAAAAGAAAAAGUGUAGGGCAGGAACUUGGUUCUAUGCAUCGGUUGCUGAUUGGAUUUUGGGAUGUGGACAUUGCACUCAAAAAUGGAGGCAGAUGAACGUAAGCUUGCAGGGACAAGGUUUAAACAGACUAGAUGUUAGGAGAAGUCUGCCAUACAUCACCAGAGAAGGGUGCUGUUUUUGCUUGAUGGACCAGUUAUGACAUUUUGAUUAAAAAUGUUUGACUAAAUUUUAGUAAACAUACAUGGAUGAAUCAUUCACAAAAAGAUCUAUAAUAUGCAUUUAUAUAGUUAUAAUAUAGUUUGAAUUGUAAUUUCAUGUUGACUUUAAUAGUAUCAUAUCCUCCAUUUUAGUCUAGAUGGCUUCAAAAGUUCAAAUGGAGUUAAGCACGUACUCCCUUUACUGUAGGGUGAAAUGUGUCACUUCUUGCAUGUUUCUCAUGGUCAAACGCCAUUGACCUGAAUCUAGCAGUCAUUAUUAUUGCCAACACACAAUCCAGUGACUCACUCAAAUCAGCAGAGCGCUAUAAAUCCUUAUUCUGUCCCUAUAAGCAGCAGUUAUUUUCGGGUAACUGUGAGUAAGGUAUGAUUUCUGUAUGGCUUGAUUCAUUGUUUUCAUUUUUGUUUUUUGCUCCAUAUUUUUCACUUCUGACUCAGAGUUGCCCCAUUUUGACUCUCAUUUUCUGUGGACCAUGUCUCACAGCUAACCACGCUAAGGUGCAUAAUUUCUGCUGAUGUCGCUGGUUCUCUGGAACAUUUAUGGAAACGCUCCCAGAAACCGAGUGUGACUUCUGGUUCUGGAAAAUGUAGCUUGUAUGUUGCAAUGUAUAGAAUUAUGCAUGUUUUUUAUUUUCUCCUUUUUGAGAAAGUCGACAUGUAGAAUUCUGUGAGGUCUUAUUGGUUCAAAUUAAUUUUGGAACUGUAACAGUGAAGAGAAAUUAGUUAAUAAAUACUGUAAGUUAGAAAGAGGGAAAUUUGUUGUUUAACUGGUCUUUUCGUAAAGCCAUAAUCAUGUGUGGCUAAUAUACCACCUCCAAACUGAUUUCUAAAAGCACAGAUAUUUACUGCCAUUUCACUCAGCAGAUGACUCGAGUUUUAAAUGUCAAGUUUCUUGUUGACCAAACGUAGCAGAGUGGAAAAAAGUCUGUAUUGGUUAAGUUCAGUUUUAAUAAACCACAGCCCACAAGCCUGAAAAACAACAUGCAUACAGUAUCCAUCUUAGCCUAACAAAAAUAUGAAGAAAUGCACAAACCUGUACUGCCUUUCUUACCAAAUAUCAUCAUUUUGUAGUAGUUUUGUUUGUGUGCAUGUAGUCUUUCUUCAACAGUGGUAUUGUUCAUUAAUUGAAUGAAUGUUGUGACUAUAAGUUUCAGUCUUUUAAAUGCAAAAACAAAAAGAUUGGAGACUUGCAUUAAAGUUGCUCAGCAGACUAAUGCUGUGCUAGGUUUAAUCUAUAGAAACAAUGUAGUACAAAAAAUUUAUAUUGAUGUUUGAAGUUUGUAGUAUAAUCUCUUUCUAAAGCAUUGGCAAAUUAUUAUACAUAGGCUUUGCAAUAAAGUUGAAUGAGAAAAC